CGGCUUCACCGGGUUUCUCCUUGUUGUCAUUACAGAGACGUCUCACUUCACCUCUGACAGACAUGAAGAGACCUACUUUCUUUUUUCUCCCUCGUAAGUUAAUUUUUUCCAGUGUUGUUGACACAGCUGGUAGAGUAAACACGUUCGAGCAGAGCACUGGCGGAGGUUCGGCCAAUCUGUGACGAGGGGAGUGGGAGCGAGCGCUCGAGGACGGUUUGGAUCCCGAGGUUUCUGGUGUCUCAGUGAAAUAAGCAUGUGGGCCUGCGGACUGCUGGUCAGGACAAGUGCCUGCUGGGAUGGAAAGGAUUAUUACCAGACAGCGAGGAGAGAAGGAGGCAGACAGAGCUCGACGCAGGAGAUCGGUGAGGAGGCCGAGGACGACGCCAUCUUCACCAUCACGCUGAGGAAGGUGCAGCUUCACCAGUCGGCCAGCAAGGGGCAGCGAUGGCUGGGCGUGGACACGGACUCGGCCCUGAGCCUCUACGAGACCUGCAAGGUGCGCACCAUCAAGGCCGGCACGCUGGAGAGGCUGGUGGAGUACAUGGUGUCGGCGUUCAGGGGCAAAGACUCCACCUACGUCACCAUCUUCCUCUGCACCUACCGCUCCUUCGCCUCCACCAAGCAGGUGCUGGAUCUCCUGCUCAACAGGUAUGCCAAGCUCCAAAACGUGCCUGCAGCCACAGCACACAGAGUCUCCCAGGACGACUGCACAGAGCUGAGAAACACUGUCUCGUCCAUCCUGGGCGCGUGGCUGGACCAGUACUCCGAGGACUUCUGGACUCCUCCCAACUACGACUGCCUGCACCAGCUGCUGUCCUACCUUCACCACCACUUCGCCGGCUCGGACCUGGAGCGCCGCGCCCGCAACCUGGUGGCCCACUUCCACCGCCGACAGCAGUGUGAGCCUGAUCCUGAGGGGGAACACAUCGGCUGCCCGUUCGCUACGCAGGAAGAGAGCGGCUUCGAGGACGAGCUUCCUGCUUUCAGUUUCCUGUCGUUCGACCCCAUCAUGGUCGCAGAGCAGUUCACGUUAAUGGACGCGGAUCUGUUUAAGAAGGUGGUGUCCUACCACUGUCUGGGCGGCAUCUGGUCUCAGCGGGAUAAGAAGGGGAAGGAGCACCUGGCUCCCACCAUCAGAGCCACCGUGGCCCAGUUCAACUCCGUCACUAACUGCGUCAUCACCACCUGCCUGAGCAACCCGACGCUGAAGCCCAACCAGAGAGCGCGGCUGCUGGAGCGGUGGAUAGACGUGGCUCGGGAGUGUCGGAUCCUGAAGAACUUCUCGUCGCUGCGUGCCAUCCUCUCCGCCCUGCAGUGCAACGCCAUCCACCGCCUGAAGAGGACCUGGGAGGAAGUGUCACGAGAGAGCUUCCGCACCUUCCGCGAGCUGUCGGAGAUCUUCUCAGACGACAACAACUACUCCCUCAGCCGAGAGCUGCUGGUGAAGGAGGGCACUUCUAAGUUUGCAACGUUGGAGAUCAACCCCAAACGAGCCCAGAGGAGACACCAGCAGCAGAGAGACCUGGGGGUGAUGCAGGGGACGAUUCCCUACCUGGGGACCUUUCUGACGGACCUGGUGAUGAUGGACACUGCCAUGAAGGACUACACUGAGGGUGGUCUCAUCAACUUUGAGAAGAGAAGAAAGGAGUUCGAGGUGAUCGCUCAGAUCAAGCUGCUUCAGUUGGCCUCCAACAACUACAGCUUCACUCAGGACAGCCACUUCAGAGAGUGGUUCGCAUGCGUGGAGAAGCUCAGCGAGGCCGAGAGCUACAACCUGUCCUGUGAGAUCGAGCCUCUGUCGGAGUCGGCCAGCAACACGCUCAGGGCCAAGAAGAACGGAGGAAUCAUGAAGCGCUGGAGCGAUCGUCAGUUGACCGAGGCCGGCUGCAGCGGCGCCGCAGGCUCUCACUCCAAGUCCUUCGACCAGUCACACUACAGACCGUACCAAGGAGGCGGGGGGGACAGCGGCGAUGCUCUCAGCGUCACCUCGGUCAGCUCCAGUGGCUCGGACCUGGAGGACGUGAACGCCAGCUUCUUGUCCGACUCCCCUGAGGGACACGAGAGGAAGGUGAGCGAAAAGGAAGCUGCAGUAAAGUUUACGUCGACUCCUUCUGUGAAACUCACCGUCUCCGCUCUGGGGAGAGAAGCUCCAGCAGCAGAUACUACGUCGACGUUCUGGGAGUGUACGUCUCUGUCGUCUCUGGACACGUCCGGGAUGGGCUCCAGCUCCGGCUCGGCCUCCGGCUCCAGCAGCGCCUCCUCCUCCUCCGUCUCCUCGUCCACCCCGCUGUCGGCGUCCCGCUCACACAAGCGCUCGGUGUCGGCCGUGUCCAACUACUCCACCCUGUCGCUGCCGCUGUACAACCAGCAGGUGGACGACUGCUGCAUCAUCAGGGUCAGUCUGGACGUGGAGAACGGCAACUUGUACAAGAGCAUCCUGGUCACGAGUCAAGACAAGACUCCGGCCGUCAUCAGGAAGGCGAUGAUCAAACACAACCUGGAGCGGGAGAAGUCCGAGGACUACGAGCUGAUGCAGAAAAUCUCCGAGGACAAAGAGCUGCGAAUCCCGGACAACGCCAACGUUUUCUACGCCAUGAACUCCACUGCCAACUACGACUUUGUGCUGAAGAAGCGCGGCUUGGCUCGGCCGGUGCGAGCCAAGAACGUGGCCAGUUCGACGCUGCCUCGCAUGAAGCAGAAGGGACUGAAAAUCGCGAAGGGGAUCUUCUGAGGCGACGGGCGCAGCUUUCUGUCUCCCCCUUCACCCCCCUGAACCCUCUCUGGUCUCCGCUCCUCAGAGGAAACAUUUGUGUUUCGCGUCUGCCGGAGGGAAACUAGCCCGAAGUAUCUGAGUUUUGGUUUGGACAAAGACUUGAGAUCACCGAGGAGAAAACGACCACGCCGCCUUUCUGCGGAAUGAGCAGGACGCAGAGGAACGCCUUCGCUCUCUGUAAACAGCCGCCGCGUCAUCGGGACGCUCCGAGGAUUUGAAGGGAGCGGAGUCGCUCGCGGGACACGCCCACGCAGAAGCUGUUUCUGACGUUUGUGGGAAAACAAACAGCUGCGUUGGAGUCGCGUGCUGCCGCCCGGUGGCUCAACUCGUCGGUGCUCUGGUUUGCGUCGGCUCGUGGAAAAGCAGAUUCAUUUCAUUCAUUUCUGUUUACAUUUGUUUACAUUUUAACAUCACCUGGUCAGCUCUUACGUUUUUUUUUUUCCUCCCUCGAGAGGAUUUUUUUUGCACCUUCACUUAAACACUUUUUAAUCCCUCGACAGCCUUUACCCCCGUGUUCUCCUCCGCGGUCGUCAAGCGCGCCCCCUCCUGGCAUGGAGUGUACAUAAAUGAACUAAACGAAGCCACGGCGGGAAAAUGCAGAUGUGUGUUUCAGCUGGGUGUUCGAAUGUGUUUCUAUUUUUUCAGGGAACUUUUAUCAUGAGUGUACCGCCGCCUUUACUGUCCCGUCCCGUCCCCCCCCCGGUCCCUGAUGUGGACAGUGAUUCUGGGGCCGCAGCACUGAACGUUUGUCUUUCGGACGCUGGGACUCACGUCGGCAUUUUCACACCAGCGACACCGACGAGGAGGAAUCUGAGCUCUUAACUUCUGAACGCUGCCAUGUCACGAAAAAAAAAAAAAGACAGGUCGAGAUGGAGACAGUGUCAAAGUCCCGUCCAGUGGGCACAGCCAUGAAUCCCAUGUUUCUUUUGUUUGUUUUUAAUGAAUCGUAACCACUACAGCGAGAAGGGAAGCGUCGGUCGUGUGAUCGCACUCGACCGGGACCGAUUCUGAGGGAAGAACAAAACGAGCUGAAAACAACAAAACGUACACAAAGUGUAAAUAUCCAUUAACACCGACUGUGCAGUGUCUUCUUUUCAAAUGGACCGUGAGAUUUUGUUUGUAGACUCGUUCACACGGUAUCAACACUCUUUGGAUUUGGCUUUGUACAUUUUGUUUUUUUUGCAUCCUGCUCUGGUGCUGAUCAUCUUUCUGAAGAGGUCGUACGAGACGCAGGCCGCGGCUUCCUCGGCUUCCUGACCGCCGGCCGCCAUGUUGGAAGAAAUGUCUCUCAAACACACUAAUUGAUCUAAAUCCAUUUUUAAAAUAUAUUUUUUUGUUUUUGUCAUUUUUCAAGUAAAACUUCAAAUAUUCAUUGGAUAAGAGUUGUGAGGAUUUUCUCCUUUUCUGUUUCUUUCUGUUUUAUUCGACAAAAGACAAAAAAAAAAUCUACAUUAUGAGACAAAGUCGAAAUGUUAAUAUUUUGAGUUACAAUCUCAUAGUUUUAAUAUAACUUUUUAUGUCCGAAAAAAGCAGAAGAGUCUGUUUCAUUUCUUUAAAGUCUCAGUCAUAAUAAAUAUAAUAUUACAUAAAAUAAAUGAAGUAAUGAUAAUUGUGUUUUUUUGCUUGGAUAAAUGAUCCAAACCAUUUCUUAACAACCAUUAAAAAUACGUGUUGACACUGAAUUCUAUCUUUAACAAAUGAUUUGAGUGUUAGCGGCAGUGACGGCCGGCCGACUGUGUUCACAUCUCUUACUUUAUAUGAGGUGAAUCAAACCUGAGCUGUGACAUCAUCAUCUGCUGCACAAGACAAACUUUGGGAUACGCAAGAUAGUUAUUACAGCAUGAAUAAAAACAUCAAGUCAACCAGGAUCUUCUAUCAGAUAAUAUUGUUGAAGCUCUUCCAACAUGGCGGCUCGUCCUUCAUAUUCAAUCUUAACCACUUUCUAAAUGUGCCGUGACAGGCCUGUGUGUUUCAGACGCCCCCAGACACGUCCUGCUGACUUAUCCUGCAGGAUGUUUUAAUCGCGUGUCGGUUGUGGUUAACGUGCAGGUGAUGACGGCGGAGUCUCUCCUCUCUGGGCUCCGACUCUCAGCCGGUGAGGAGAAGAUGGAUUUUUGAUGAUUCGCGUCUGUAAAAUGAGUCAAAAAUGCAGAGAAGCUCCGUAAAUGGUCACGUCUUGAUGGAGACUUUGCGUCCGAGGGAACGAACUCCCUCCUUUUCUCUGUGCUGCUCUCAAGCUGCGUCUCUUCAAGGAAAAAUCCAACCUGAAAACAUCUAAGCACUGUUUUAAAAAACCAUCUGGGAUGUGCUGUCCAUUCAGAUACGUUUCACUCUCAUGGAUCCUUGUUGUUGUCGGGGCUUCUUUUCUGGAUUUUAUCUGCUCGCACACAACAGUCACUAAAGAAAAGAUCUGGUUUUGAAUAUGAUUAACUAAACCCCAGCUCCUCUUAUUUGCUGUUCAGCUCUGCACAAACACACUGAGUGAGAACUUUGUCGGUUUUAUAAUGAUAAUGUAAUAAUCAUGUUUAUUCGUUGAGCACUUUUCACGUGGCAGAGGGAAACAAAGAAAUAUCGAAAUUAUUAUUAGAGGUGAAGGCGAAACGGAAAAAGAAAAUAUAAGUUAUACAAAAUUAAAUUCAAACUCAAAUUGAACCAGGAUCGUCUCUUUGAUAAAAGUUUGUUUAAAGAAAGAAGAAUCUUAAAGAUGUCACUCACUUCUUCUUGUAUUGAAAAGUAACUGAGUUUUAAUAUAAUAGAUAUGAGGAGGAACCAUGUGAGUUCAUGUUUGGAUUCAGACUCCAACUCCAUGAUAAUAAUGUUAAUUCAAAUGAAAUCAACAGCAACAUUUUCACAUCUCACAGCAUUCUGGGAAAUGUAGGAAAUCUGUGAUUAAGGGAAAGUGGGUUCACACAAGAAAAACCAAAACAAAGGUUGGAUUUUUCCUCGUGACUUUUUCAAACCACAGCAACAAAGACAAAACACUAAACUUUGCCUGGAUUGCCCCGUCGCCACAUUCUGCCUUUUUCUUUCUUUAGUUUUUUUUUAUUGUUUCGCCUUCAUGAAGUUCAUAAUCCAUCAAACGAAUGAAGCACCCCCAAUAAAACCCCUGCGGAAGCAAUAUGGUGGAUGUUGUUGGUGCCACUGUGGCGUGAAAUCCUUCGCUGUUGAACACUGUGACCUUCAACCCUUUCACUGUCGAGCACUGUGAGCAAAAAACACCAUCUCAUUCCCCCGGUAACGGUGUCGUAGUGACCGUAGUGACAGGCUUGACUCUUCAUGUGCCAAAAAUAACAAGGAGAGAGAGAGAAGGUUGAUUUACCUGACGAGUCUUCUGCCUUUCACAGUGGAAAAAAAAUAAUACAAGUUUGAAUGUUUACUGUUGUUGCUUUUUUUUCUCGCUGGAAAAACUAAGAAAAGGGGUUUGAACACUAUGAACAAUACAACCGGGUCACGUUUCCCUGUGGAGGAUUAGAGAGACGUCCAGGAAACGUGAAGCAAAGGUGUUUGUCAGGAGCUGAAGGUGAAGACGUCACGUUCAUGAAUUCUUCAUGUUGGCGGCGUUUUCAUCCAUGAAGCAGGUUUUUAUUCCAAACAAACGCUGCAGCUGAAACGUGAACACAAGGGGUCGAUGGUGUCGGGCUUCACCAGGAAGACUUACUCCAAACUGUAAACUUCUAGAACGCUGCACAUUCCCUCUAACUGGUGCUCGACCUUUAACAGCAGAGACAGUUUUGCUUCUUUUUGUGGAUGUUUCAGGGAUAAAAAAAAAACACUACUUUUUCAAAAAGAAAAAAACCAUUUAUCUUCCAACACCAACGUUCAUGAAGAGUGAAGAGACGAGUAUUUCCCUCUGAAUGUAUUCAGGCAUUUGCAGUCCGGUUUUUAAGAGCUCCUCCUCUGAUCGUAGAUUAUCGGAGAGAAUUCGUACUUUUUCUUACCUGAUGAGUUGAAACAGUGUCUGAUUUACUGAUUCCUCAACAAGACGAAGUGUCUUGCAGCUCCACUCAGUCGCUCUUUUUCCAAACAACUGGACAAAAUGGGAAUGAGAGGAAAAUAUUGAUUUGUCGGGGACUAUUGUCAGUGGCAGAUAAACCCACAUUUGGUCUUUUAGUAAUAACAAUACUAAUAAACUUGAUUUAUAUAGCAUUUACAUAUAGAAAUAGAAGAUUGUAACAUAAUUUUGAAAAUGUAAACAGAUCAAAUAAAAUAGGCUUCACAGGUUGGGGGGGGGGGGGUGUAGGGUGUAAGUGACGCAAAACAAGUAAAAA